CGGCCUUAAAGUCUAGGAGGAGGAAGCACAGCAGCAACUGACUGGGCAGCCUUUCAGGAAAGAUGCAGCCACUCCUGCUUCUGCUGGCCUUUCUCCUACCCACUGGGGCUGAGGCAGGGGAGAUCAUCGGAGGCCGGGAAACCAGGCCCCACUCCCGCCCCUACAUGGCAUAUCUUCAGAUCCAGACUCCAGCAGGUCAGAGAAGUUGUGGAGGGUUCCUGGUGCGAGAAGACUUUGUGCUGACAGCAGCUCACUGCUGGGGAAGCCGUAUAGUUGUCACCCUGGGAGCCCACAAUAUCCAGAGACCGGAAAACACCCAGCAACAUAUCACUGUGCGCAGAGCCAUCCGCCAUCCUCAAUAUAAUCAGCAGACCAUCCAGAAUGACAUCAUGUUAUUGCAGCUGAGCCGAAGAGUCAGACGGAAUCGAAACGUGAGCCCAGUGGCUCUGCCUAGAACCCAGGAGAGACUGAGACCCGGGACGCGGUGCACUGUGGCCGGCUGGGGCUUGGUCAGCAGGACGAGGAGAACAGACAGACUCCGAGAGGUGCAGCUGAGAGUGCAGAGGGAUAAUCAGUGCCGCCGCAUCUUCGAUUCCUACGACGGCCGAAGGCAGAUUUGUGUGGGGGACCCGCGGGAACGGAAGGCUGCCUUCAGGGGAGACUCCGGAGGCCCCCUGCUGUGUAACAAUAUGGCCCACGGCAUCGUCUCCUAUGGAAAGGCGUCAGGGGUCCCUCCAGAAGUCUUCACCAGGGUCUCAAGUUUCCUGCCCUGGAUAAAGAGAACGAUGAGAAGCUUCAAACAGCUGGAUCAGAUGGAGACCCCCCUGUGACUGACUCUUCUUCUCGGGGACACAGGCCAGCUCCACAGCGUUGCCAGAGCCUUAAUAAACGUCCACAGAGUAUAAAUAACCAAUUCCUCAUUUGUUCAUUAAACGUCAUUCAGUACUU